AUGGCAAUCAAAGCAAGCCUCUUCUUCCUCAUGCUCACCGUCGGCCCGGCCACGGUCCUCUCAAUCCCAAUGCCAGAACCCACCAAAACCCUCCAAACCCGCUCCUCCGAAUCCGGCUUCGACGCCGGCAUUGACGACGGCCCCUACCUUACGUCCCACUCCUCUGACGAAGAUGACGGUUCCACCUCCGACAACCUCAACGCUGGUAUCCCAGACGGUCCCCACGUAAACCUCUACGAUACCUACACGCCUCCGCCCCCGGAGACCACACAGUACCCUUCCCCAGAGCCAACUUGGACUCCUGAGCCUAUUCCCGUUCCGUCUCCGGAGCCGACGCCUGUUUCACCGCCGCCGCCGCCGCCUGUUGAGCCUUUGCCUGAGCCGGAGGAAGAACCGCAGCCGGAGCCUGAACCGGAACCUGAAGAGCCUGAGGAGGAGGAGGAGGAGGUUGGGGAGUGUCCUGCUCCUGAGCCUGAAGAGGUGCCUGAGCCCGAGCCCGAGCUGGAGUGCCCCUGUGAGGAGCGGUUCAACUCGUUGGAGGAGAAAUUGGCGCAGAUCAGCACGCAGUUGGAUGCGUUGAGGCAGGUGCAGGUUGAUUGA